UUUCUUAUCGCUGGGCUUUACUAGACAUGAAUGCUCAGACUCCUGAAGAGAACACAAUCGGCGUUGGUAGUUGAGAUUUGGAGAGGACUCUCAGGUUCAGAAGCCGGAGACUUGAGAGAUGGCCACCAGAACCAAGUUGUUUCCGGUGGUAUUAAUCUGGGUUCUGGUUCUAUUCGGAACCCUAGUCCUCAUUCUGAAUCGAUUAAGCGAACCCAAAGUCUCAUCUGAUCAUAAAGUUACCGAUACUGAGCACGACGAACAGGUUAAAACCUCAAAAUCGGAGGAAGAUUUAGAAGGAGUCACUCACAAAGUUUACUUUGAUAUCGAGAUUGGUGGAAAACCCAUUGGUCGGAUUGUCAUGGGCCUCUUUGGCAAAACAGUUCCCAAGACUGCAGAAAACUUCAGAGCUCUUUGCACUGGGGAGAAAGGAGUUGGAAAAAGUGGGAAGCCUCUCCAUUACAAAGGGAGCAUUUUCCAUAGGAUCAUUCCCAGCUUCAUGAUUCAGGGAGGUGAUUUUACUCGUGCUGAUGGGCGGGGUGGAGAGUCAAUUUAUGGUGAUAAGUUUGCUGACGAAAACUUUGACCUGAAGCACACAGGUCCUGGAUUUCUCUCAAUGGCAAAUGCUGGCCCUGACACCAAUGGAUCACAAUUCUUCAUCACGACCGUAACUACUAGCUGGUUGGAUGGGCAUCAUGUUGUGUUUGGCAAAGUAAUUUCUGGGAUGGACGUUGUCCACAAAAUUGAACGUGAAGGGAGAGAGAGCGGAACACCAAAAGGCAAAGUUGUCAUUUCAGACUGUGGUGAACUACCAUUGUGAUCUCCCUACCUAUUAUGUAAGAUAUCUGAGGUAUAUUAUGCUAAAUUUUUGUCCGACUAUGGCAAGAAUUCUGGCAGACACACCAUACUGCAAGGUUUUUUUUAGGAGCAGUGUUAAGAACUUUUUCAUACAUUGCUAAGCAAGGUUAACUGUAAUACAUUGUUCGUUCAAAAGAGCACUUUGACCGUAAGAUUAUUACGCCUUGGUUAAUGCAAUUAAUAGUUUUUUAUGUAAAGCAAGAUGUAUGUUGGAUUGCCAGUGAUGCAGUGUAGAAUAGGACUGACCGA